UACUAAGCCCAAAAGUGAGAUGACCCCCGAGGAGUUGGCCAAGAGAGAGGAAGAGGAGUUUAACACAGGACCAUUGUCUGUCCUUACACAAUCAGUAAAAAACAACACACAAGUUCUCAUCAAUUGUCGGAAUAACAAAAAACUCCUUGGAAGAGUUAAAGCUUUUGACAGACAUUGCAACAUGGUGUUAGAAAAUGUUAAAGAGAUGUGGACAGAGGUGCCGAAGACGGGCAAGGGGAAAAAGAAAUCAAAACCAGUAAACAAAGACAGAUACAUUUCAAAGAUGUUCCUCCGAGGAGACAGUGUUAUAUUGGUUCUUCGAAAUCCACUAGCAACACAGAAGUGAUUAUUCUUGUUGCAGAUUAGUUACAUGGGUUAAGUCAAACUUGGGGGGGAGGGUACAAAGAUUUCAGUUUGACUGUGAUCACAUUUUCAAUAGCAAUAGCUCAGUAAAUUCACACCAGAAGAGAAGAAAAUGAGUGUAAAAAGAAGGGGUUUUGCAUUCCAUCAAAACAUUUUUCACUUCUUAUUAGCAUCAAUUUUGAUGUCAAUGCAAAGCCUACAAGAGUGUGCGCCUGAUUGGCUACCAAACCCUAACACCUAACAAUCAGACCAAUCAAAGAGCAGCUUGUUGACAUGUUUUAUCAGCGUAUCAAAUUCUGCCUUGUGUAUAUGCUUCGACUCAACUGCCAUUUUGGAGUACCAAAAUAAGUGAAAAAAAAGUUUGGCCAAUUUGAAAAUGAGUAUCACAAUUGCUCUAUUAAAAGCAUAUCUCUGAUAGAAGAGCACAUAAACCAAAAAUAGCGUUUAUUGUAUGCUGGAUCAUAAAAAUAUAUAUAUACGCCUUUGUCAUUUUCAUAAGUACAUGUCCUACUAAUAGAAUGAAUACAGUACAAGCACCUUGGACCAGUUUUAUUUGCACAGACUUUGGUGUGAUUUGAAAGGAUAACCUGAAAGAAAUUGAUAUAAAAAAACAUGCUUUCUGUGGUGAAGAGAACCAUGCAAGAAAUUCAACUUGUCUGAUUUUUUUGUGGCUGACAAUGGACAGUGUUUUGACUUGUGUGUACAGUUUUUGUAAAGUUUUGAAAUAAAACUUUUUUUUUUUCAUUUUAACAA